UCAUUGCUUUGAUUGACAAUAUGGCCAUGCUUGCUUUACCAGGUGAUCAUAUUUCUAUACCUUCCACUUCGGCUGUCAAGCUUGGACCUGGACUUGCGAUAUCGGCAGGGGAAGCUGAAGAAGAUGCAGAAUUAAUCACAGUAACACCUGGCAUCCUUGGAAAGAUAAAAUCACAACCAAAAGGAGGAAAAUCUAAAGGAGUACAAGGAUCCGAGUCGAGUACCCAAACAGCAUUCUGGAUUGAGAGUGAUGGACGUCGCUACUAUCCUUCUGUGCACGACCACGUUUUAUGUCAAAUCACAAAUAGAGGCGUUGAUGCUUAUCAAGUGACAUUGUUCAACACAUUUGCGACUGCCAAUUUACCAGCAUUAUCCUUUGAAGGAGCAACAAAGAGGAACAAACCAAAUCUUCGUGUCGGUACAUUGAUCUAUGCACAGAUUGUUUCUGCGUACAAGCACGCUGAGAUUGAGUUGACAUGUGUAGAUGCUGCAACAGGCAAAUCGAACGGAUUCGGAGAGCUCAAAACGGAACGAGAAGAAACAACAACAAAUACAGUCAAGAAGACCAGCGAAAGUACAAUCGCACCAGCUUCUGCAAACAUCUUUCCUGUAUCUUGUGGCUUUGCACGUAGCUUGCUAAACGAUAAACAUCCUCUUUUGGCACGAUUGGCAACACAUUUUCCCUUUGAAGUGGCUAUCGGCGUGAACGGAUAUGUUUGGGUCAGAGCAAAGAAUGUCAAACAUGUAAUCGCUGUUGGGAAAGUUUUGGAACGUGCUGAUGCAGAUGCCUUGAACGAACCCACUUUGGCAGCUCAGGAGGGCGCUACCGGCUCAACAGAGGAGGAGAGUAAAGUGGCAUUGGAGAUCGUCAAACAGAGAGGUGUCUUGGACGCAAAGACAAUAUCUCAAAUUGUUGAUCCAUUCAAGUGAUUUGUAUCAUAUCACUCUUGUAAACUAUUGUAUUCUAAUGCAACACAUGCUCGCAGCCAUAAACUUCUUUCAAUGCAUUGCGAUAUAUCAGUACAUGGUAAGAC